UAACCCAUUCCAUAGCGCCAUUACGCCACAGCUGAACUAAAUGCCCAGUCAAAGUAAAAGUAAAGCAGAAAAUGGCGGCAUCUCUUGGAAACAGAAACAGCUUCCAUCUCCUAACUCGGUUUCUCAACUCACCGAGUCUCCAUCGAAGGUGGCUUGAAACCAUAGCCUACGAAGAACUGCGAGCUCAUCCAGACAAACCUUACACCUCAACGGCCGUCUUCAUCCAUGGCUUUUUGGGAUCUGCCAGAAAUUGGAGAUCUUUCUCUCGCAACCUCUUGCACUCUCUCUCCAAUUCCUCUCCCUCUUCCAAUUGGAGGAUGGUGAUGUUGGAUAUGAGGAAUCAUGGACAAUCAACGGAGAGGAAACUGAAUCCGCCUCAUGAUUUGGAUAAUACGGCGAAAGAUUUGGCCGAUUUGGUAAAGGCUGAAGGUUGGUGUUGGCCUGAGGUUGUUAUAGGCCAUUCCAUGGGUGGAAAGGUGGCCUUGCAGUUUGCUGAGAAUUGUAGCCGUGGUGAUUAUGGUGAUUCUGCUCUCUGGCCUAAACAGCUCUGGGUACUGGAUUCUGUUCCUGGGGAAGUAAACCCUGAAAACAGUAAUGAAGAAGUCCGAGAUGUUUUAGCAACCUUGCAAAGUUUACCAUCACAAUUCCCAUCCCGGAAGUGGCUUGUGAGUCAUCUGAUGGGACUUGGUUACUCUAAGGCAUUGUCAGAUUGGAUAGGCUCCAAUCUGAAGAAAGUUGGUGAUCACGAGACAUGGUUAUUUGAUCUUCAAAGUGCUAAGGAGAUGUUCGAUUCUUACUGUAUAAAGUCCUAUUGGAAUCUAUUGGAGAACCCACCGAAAGGUAUGGAAAUAGUAAUUGUGCGUGCCGAAAAAAGUGACAGAUGGGACCAAGGUGCUAUUGAGCGGAUCCAAAAACUAUCCAGUCGGGGAGGAAAUGAAUCUCUUGGAAAGGUUUCCUUCUGUGUUCUUCCAAAUGCUGGUCAUUGGGUUCACGUGGACAACCCAAAGGGACUUCUUGAGAUUGUUGCUUCCAAGAUAGAAUCCCUUUAGUUCCUGUUUUGGUUGGACUAUGGGGUAUCCAUCGUUAAAAUUGUGUCCAGAGUCGGAAUUCUAAACAAUAAGCAGAAGUGGUUGGCCAGUCAUAACAAAUUCAUUAUGUACAAUUUAUCAACUACCAAAAAAUUACAUUCAAUUUUUAUUGUAUAUGCGAACUUCAGUGCGCUGAUUUUGACACUGCACUCCUCAUCUCUCACCUAAUGGUCCACCCCACAGUUGAGUAAAACCCAGAAGUAUUCAUAAUUGUCACUUACAAGGGUUAUGUUAUGUUUAAUUAUUUUGUUAUGUUUAUACAUGUGUAGUGUGUCUCUUCAUGUACGUGUAUAUAUUUAAUUAUGGCCAAAAAUAAAUA